ACACGGAAGUGAAAGUUAUCGGUCCCUCUCAUCACUGUUUAGCUCUGUUUGUAAAAUAACUGUCAAACUCAGCCUUACUAACUACCCAAGAUGGUUGUAAAGGUUUAUGUUUCGCUCCUGUCUGGCAAUAUGAAAUUAAAGGCGGAGCAGUCCAAAAUUUUAAGUAUCCUGCAAAGUCGGAAGAUUGAAUUUGAAGAGGUUGAUAUAUCAUCACCCAACAAUGAAAAUGAGAAAAUCUUUAUGCGGGAACACAGUAAAACAAAGAAAGAGGGCACAUUUCCAUUACCACCACAGAUAUUCAAUGACCAGGAGUAUUUAGGGGACUUUGAAGCAUUUGAGGAAUCCGUGGAAAUAGAUGCGUUAUUUGAAUUCCUAAAGAUGGCGCCUUCUAAAGAAGUCUCCGAGUCCGAGGUGAAUGUUACGUCAACAGAGACUGAAGAGUCACCACAAAAUGAGACAUCGACAGUUCACCUUACAAUGAUCUCACAUGAAAAUGGCGAUGUUGUUACCAAGGCAACAGAAGAGGACCAAUCAGAUGACAGAACUGCUGAUCAGUCGUUUGAGGAACAAACUAAUCAAAAUGAUGAAACAGAAGAUCAGGUUCCAGAGAAGGAACCUGAGAGUGAUUGAAACUGAGGGAUCAAUGAUCUUCAAGGUGUAUGGACUGUUUACUGGAAUAUAUUGAAAAAUCUCACAUAUUGCAACGACUUUGAAUAUGGUCAUAAACAUUCAAUGCUGCGGUACAUUCAUAGUAAAAGGUAGUUUUGCCAACAUUGGAUAGAAUUCACAAAGGAACUCUAUUAUGUCUACAUGUGUAUAAUAUAAAAUUGGUGCAAUGAAUAUGCAUUUUUGUGAAAUUACCCCAAAAAUGAUUUUAUAAAAAUAUAUUGCACCGUAUCUUUGAUAUUGUAAUGUUUUAUCAUGUAAAGAAAAUCCAAUGUAUUUCUAAUAUUCAAUGUUUCUUUCACAUGCGAUUUUGUCACAAAAUAUACACCUUUGUGUGCAUCACAUAGACUUAAUGAAUUGUUAGAAUGCGCUAUGGGAGUUCAUGAAGGCACUGCGCUGUGAUUUGUCCUCAAAUGAGCAAUAAUACCUCGAUGAAAGCCCUGGAUCCCAUGGUGCAUUUUACACCAUUGAUUUACAAUAGUAUGUAUACUACAAUGUUAAACUAUAUUGCUUAUGUAUUAAGUACUUAUAGCUCCAUGUGUGUAUAGCUCCAUGUGUGUAUAUUCCACUGUUAUGUACUUUGAGUAACAUUUGGUGUAUGGGCAUAAGGACAAAAUGUGAAAAUGUGAAACCCAUAUAAAAAAUUAUGGGACAUUCACAUUUCAUUCGGCAACAGUCAUAUUUCACAUUUCUUAUUUGUAAAAAAAAUAAUCAUUUCUAGUGAAAUGACAUGGAAAUUUUGCCAGAAGAAAAGCAGGAAUGUUUUAAAGCUACAUGUAUAUCAUUCUAUUAUUGAUACAAAACAUUUAAAAAGCUUCAUUGGAAUAUUUUAUCAACUGUUAUUCAUUAAAAUUGCCAACUGAGUAUUAAAUGCCUACACUAUCGCACAUUUUAAGGAAAAAUUAAUGAAUAAAAUGUUGUCGACCA